CUGAAUGGCUGGUACCCGUGCGCCGAGUUCACCUUCUCGGAUGACGGGACUUCUACCGGCCAGAAUGCCGAGUGUGCUGUCUACACCGCGCCAAUGUGCUACCCUGGCAUUUGCGACCCCCUCGAAUCCGACAACUCCAAGAUGGACAUCUUCGUCAAGCGACUGCCGGCCGUGAGCAAUGCCGACAACGCAACGAACGUUUGGGUUUUAACUGGUGGCUUGGGCCGAGCAUCCACUUCCCGUGAGUAG